AUGUCGAAAAUGGGAUGUCCUCAGUCAGACACUGAUCCAAACACUGUGACGAUUCUUCGUAAAGGAGGGCCGGUGAACAAAACUUUGAAGUCAAAUGCGGCCCUAAAUGCUGCCCUCCGUACUGGUGCUGCCGUUGAAUCUCAAAAGAAGAUGAUGGCUGGUGGAAAUCGCCAACAUACCAGCAACAAAAACACUCUAAGACUUGAUGAAGAAACGGAAGAACUUCAUCACGAACGAGUUCCCUUGUCAUUAGGAAAGGCGAUGCAGCAAGCUCGUCAAGCCAAGGAAUGGACCCAAAAGGAUUUGUCCACCGCGAUAAAUGAAAAACCGCAAGUGGUGGCCGAAUAUGAGAACGGAAAGGCUGUCCCAAAUCAGCAGAUCCUCGCGAAAAUGGAACGCGCUCUGGGGGUGAAACUGCGCGGCAAGGACAUAGGCCAACCGUUGGGUACCAAACAUAAGAAGUAA